AAACCUGAUGGAUAAAGUCAAUAAGACAUCUGUGGAAGGGUUUAUUUUAUUGGCUUUUUCAGAUCUACACCAGCUCCAGAUUCCCUUAUUCUGUGCCAUGUUGCUUAUCUACAUUACAUGCGUCUCUGGGGACUUGUCUGUAAUUUUUCUAGUAAGGACUGAACCUUCCCUUCAUACCCCAAUGUAUAUCUUUAUUAGCACAUUGGCUGCAACGGAAAUGAUGUUUGUGACUUCCAUUAUCCCCAAUCUUUUAGCUAACCUUAUUGCAGGUAAGAACAGAAUAUCUUUCAUUGGCUGCUUCACACAACUGUUUGUCACUGAUACACUGGGAACAGCACAAUGUUACUUUCUUGCAGUCAUGGCUUUUGACCGAAACCUGGCUAUUAGCAACCCACUGCAUUAUUCUUCUAUCAUGACCCAGACGUUGUGUGUACAACUUGCUAUUCUACCUUGGAUUGUUGGAAUCAUUACUGUAGCUAUUCCGUUCAUCUUUACAGUUAUGUUGGACUUCUGUGGCAGUAAUGAAGUCAAUCAUUUCUUUUGUGAUUUUGCUCCUCUUCAUUCCUUGGCUUGUUCUGAUCCCUUCAUUGCUCAAGUGCUUGCAAACUCAGGGGCUUUAUUUGCUGUUGCUCUCCCAUUUAUUAUAACUGUUGGAUUCUACAUCCAUAUCAUUAUCAUUAUUGCUAAGAUUAACAGUGCCGAAUCUAAACAGAAAGCUUUCUCCACUUGCUCUUCCCACCUCACCGUAGCAGGUUUGGAUUAUCUCACUUCUAUCACAGUCUAUGUUGUACCAAAGGGCUCUCGUUAUGACAGGUACCUUGCCCUUAUAUUUACUUUCAUUACUCCUCUUUUAAAUCCAUUUAUUUAUACCUUCAGAAACAAAGAUGUAAAGAGAGCUCUUUUCAAAUCAAGGAGGUUAAAACUUUGCCAGGGAUCAUUUUAA